UCGGGGCCGGCGCCGCUCGGGUCCCGCAGCCCAGGGCGCAGCGUCCAGCGCAGAUAUGGACUUCGAGGACGUGGCCAUUGCCUUCUCUGAGGAGGAGUGGGGGCUCCUGGAUGAGGCUCAGAGACUUCUGUACUGCGAUGUGAUGCUGCAAGUGUUUGCUCUGGUCUCAUCUGCUGGUUGUUGGCAUAAAAAGGAUGAUGCGGAGGCCUGUUCUGAGCAGAGUGUAUCUGUACAAGUGGAGUCACAGGAUAUGGACUUUGAGGACGUGGCCAUUGCCUUCUCUCAGGAGGAGUGGGGGCUCCUUGAUGAGGCUCAGAGACUUCUGUACUGCGAUGCGAUGCUGGAAGUGUUUGCUCUGAUCUCAUCUGUAGGUUGUUGGCAUAAAAUGGAUGAUGCAGAGGCCUGUUCUGAGCAGAGUGUAUCUGUUCAAGGGGUGUCACAGGAUAUGGACUUUGAGGACGUGGCCGUUGCCUUCUCUCAGGAAGAGUGGGGGCUCCUUGAUGAGGCUCAGAGACUUCUGUACUGCGAUGUGAUGCUGGAAGUGUUUGCUCUGGUCUCAUCUGCAGGUUGUUGGCAUAAAACGGAUGAUGAGGAGGCCUGUUCUGAGCAGAGUGUAUCUGAACAAGGCGAGUCACUGGUCAGGGCUUCUGAGACAAAGCCAGCAACCCAGAGGACCCAUGUGUGUAAGCUGUGUUUGUCUGUGUUAAAAGAUAUUCUGCAUGUGACUGAGUCACAAGCAGCAGACUUUGAGCAGAAAGCCCUCUUCAUUGAUGCAUGUGGAAGAUACUUCUCUUUUAAUGCAAACCCUCACCAGCAGCAGAGGGAAGCCAGUGGAGAGAAGCCCUGGAAAGAAGCUGUGGACAGGGCCUUGUCUGUGACCAGGUGCAGCUUCUACUUAUCAGAGGUGCCUUCAACUAGUAGGGAGGUUGGGGAAGACUUCCUAGCCAUCUCAGAGCUUCUCCAGCACCAGGCCCCUCUUGACACUGAGGAGCCACACAGUGGCAGUGAGAUUUCGCUGGAAUUUCUCAGUGGAGAAAGUUACCACUUUUGGGAUAAAUGUGAAAAAUCUGCCAGCCACGACCAGAAGGUUGUUCAACAUCAGGCUGUCUUUUCAGGAGAAAAUAUGUACGAGUGUAACAAACGUGAGAAAGUUUUUAGCCGUAUCUUGAACCUCAAUCGACAUAAAAGCAUUUACGCUGAAGAAAGCCCAUAUGAGGAUAGUGAUUGUGGGAAGGCCUUCAGUCAGAGCUCUGACCUCAGUCAACGCAAGAGGAUUCACACUGGGGAGAAGCCUUUCGUGUGCAGUGACUGUGGGAAGGCCUUCAGUCAAAAGUGUGCCCUCAUUCAGCACCACAGAAUUCACACUGGGGAGAAGCCUUUUGAAUGUAGUGAUUGUGGGAUGGCCUUUAGACAAAAGUUUACCCUCAUUCAACACUACAGAAUUCAUACGGGAGAGAAGCCGUAUAAGUGCACUGUUUGUGGGAAGUCCUUCAGUCAAAGCUCUUACCUCAGUCUACACAAGAGAACGCACACCGGUGAGAAGCCUUUUGUAUGUAGUUGUUGUGGGAAGUCCUUUAGUCAAAAGUGUACCCUCAUUCAACACCACAGAAUUCACACUGGGGAGAAGCCUUACGAGUGUCAUGAAUGCGGGAAAUCUUUUCGGAGCAAUAGUCACCUCUAUUACCACAAAAGAGCUCACACCGGAGAAAAGCCAUAUAAGUGUAGUGAGUGUGGGAAGUCCUUCAUGCUCAUCUCCACUCUGACGGAGCACCAGAGAAUUCACUCUGGAGAAAAGCCGUAUCAGUGCGGCAACUGUAGGAAGUCCUUCAGCCGAAGAUCGAAGCUCAUGGGCCACCUCAGAAUUCACACUGGAGAAAAGCCGUAUGAGUGCAGUGAUUGUGGGGAAUGUUUUCGAUGGAAGCCUAGCCUGGAUAGACAUCUGCGAGUCCACACUGGAGAAAAGCCUUAAAUGUACGGGGGAUGUUUCAUCUUUCUCACACUACAACACUGAAGGAGACUCGGACCCAUUAGCCUGAGUAUAAACUCCUUUUAUUGGAACAUACACUCUUCUCGAUGCCUCACAAAUUUGAGGUACGAGUGAGGCCUGAAGGAGUUGCAUUGCACUUGCCAAUGUGCCAAGAUCUCAUACCUGACUGAUGUCACUGCGAGUAUUUGUGGCUGAAACGACCUCCUCUACCCCCCGGCUCACCGUGCAUCAGUCACCACCCCUGGUGCUCAGGGGAAAUGUAUUCUGUGUCCUCAUUUCUGCUUGAGGAAAUUAUGAUUGCUCCAAGUUCUUGGCAGGAUCUUCAUUCCUUACUCUCAGACUAGGGAAUGGACCCCACCCAGGGUUCAUCCAGAGCCCCCGUCCUCAGCUAAGAAGAGCCACCUCUCUCAGGGACAUUGUGGGUCUCACAUUUUGUUGUCACGAAUUGUUUCAGCUUCUAAUCCACCAACCUGCACACUGCUUGCUGUACACUGCUCUGGUUUGUGAUGUUACGGUAACGGUGUUUUUGCUUUUGUACCUUUAAUUUUGUGGGUUCCUUUCACUGCCUGGGAUGAUUUGCAAGCACAGUUGUGACCUGUCAGCAUGUAGAGUUAACAGAUACGGUGGGGAUCCCAAACUGUCUGUGCUUCGGAAGGGGCAGCAGAAUGGCAGAAAAUCACUGUUUGUCUAAUAUUGACUUAGUUUGCAUUACUGCCCACGGCCUGGAAAUAAAGACCGCGUGACUUUGUG